UCAUAAGUUCAUAACACCAUUGAAACAGAGCUGAGCUGAGACAAUCAAUCUUUAAUGGAUUUACUUACAUUUUUAGCUCUGUUCUUCGUUCCUCUUCUCCCUCUCCUGCUUCUCAUAUGGAAAACCAAAACUGGGAAGCCACUCAAGCUUCCACCUUCCCCGCCUGGGCUUCCCAUCAUAGGCAAUUUGCAUCAAAUGGGUGCCUUGCCUUACCGCACAUUAGCAGAGCUCGCCCAUGAAUAUGGACCGGUCAUGCUUGUUCGUCUAGGCAGGGUACCGGUGGUGUUUGUCUCAUCCCCUGAAAUGGCAAAAGAGGUCUUGAAGAACCAAGAUGCCAACAUGUGUAGCAGAGCUGCUCAGCCUGGCACAAGAAAGAUAUCUUAUGAUUACAAAGAUAUUGCUUUCACUCCCUAUGGAGAAUGGUGGAGAGAGAUCCGCAAGAUUUGUACUUUAGAGCUUCUUAGCCCCAAAGCCGUUCAAUCCUAUCUGUAUGUGAGAGAAGAAGAGGUUGCUAAUAUGGUUGAUUCUAUUGCCAAAGCUUCUUCAGAUCCUAUUGACAUCUCUGAGAAGAUAGUGAAUCUCACAGACACCUUGAUAUGCAGGACUGCUUUUGGUAAGGUUUAUAAAGGGAGAGGCUUUGAUAAUGGUAAAUUCUCUGAAGCAGUCCAUGAUGCCAUGGCUUGCUUGAGCAAUUUUUCUGGAGAGGAUUUCUUCCCCUAUUUUGGGCGAAUCAUUGACAAACUCACAGGACACACUGCAACGGUUGAUAGGGCUUUCCAUAAUUUGGAUAAUUUCUUUGAGAUGGCCAUUCAGGAUCACCUUAAUCCCAAUAGGGAGAAAACAGAGCACGAAGACAUCAUCGACGUCUUGCUCCGACUGAAGAAAGACCAAUCUAGACGAAUUCCCAUCACCAAUAACCACAUCAAAGGAGUUCUCAAGGAUGUAUUCCUUGCUUCAGUAGACACAAGUGCUCUUAGCAUGGGGUGGGUAAUGACAGAGUUUAUCAGGCAUCCAAAUGUGAUGAAGAAGGUGCAAGCCGAGAUCAGAAAUCAUGUGGGUAAGAAGGGAAAGGUCCAAGAAAGUGAUCUGGAAGAGCUUCAUUACUUCAGGGCAGCAUUGAAGGAGAGCUGGAGAUUGCACACACCUUCACCUCUGUUAAUUCCUCGAGAAACCAUGUGCGAUUGCAAGUUAGAUGGUUAUGAUAUCCCCAACAAAACAAGAAUCCAUGUUAACGUUUUUGCAAUCCACAAAGAUCCUAAAAUUUGGAAGAACCCAGAUGAUUUCAUUCCAGAAAGAUUCAUUGAGAACCCACUUGAUGUGAGAGGGCAAAGCUAUGAGUAUUUGCCCUUCUCAUCAGGGAGAAGGGGUUGUCCUGGGAUUAAUAUGGGAGUUGCAAUUGUGGAGCUCGCAGUGGCAAAUCUUUUAUACAGUUUUGAUUGGCAACUUCCCAAAGGAAUGAAAAUUGAAGACAUCAACAUGGAGGAGAUAUUUAAUCUCACUCUCAUCAAGAAGACACCUCUCAUACUGAUGGCUACUCCCUACGACCUGAGUUGA